AUGUCUGAAACACCUGGUGAAAAUUUUGAACGAAAAAUAUCAUCAACAACUGAUAAUAAUAAAAUGUCAAAUUUAUUUCAAUUGUUGUUUCAAAUCAGCUUGCCAAGAGAAAAUGUAAUUAUACCACGGUUAAUAGUUUCUAAUACUUCAACGGAAAUCAAAUGUGAUAAAUCAAAGUCGAUUAAUGAAGAUUAUGCAAAUAGUAAUCGUGUACAAGAUGAAGUGCCACUAACGGAUAGUGAACAUAAAGAAACUUAUUUUGAUGAUUCAAAUCUUGGUGAACAGCAAUGA